AUGUCUCGCGCCCCCUUCUCGACCAAGACCCUCCGAACAACGCAAGCUCGAGCGAUUCCCGGUGUGGGUCAAGCUUUCCCCCAGCGGUUCACACAGAGCCAAUUCACGCAGAAGAGGACAUUUAAGACGGUCGAAGAAGCCAAGAGUAGAUAUUCCAUCGGGCCCUUUUCGUUGAAGGCUGGUAUUCUUUUCCUCGUCACCUGCGGUGGCUUGGUAUGGUACUUUGAGUUUGAGAAGCAGCGCAUGCAGCGCAAGCGUAUCGCGGAGGCGAACAAGGGCGCAGGCAAGCCUCUCGUUGGCGGUCCCUUUGAGCUUCUGGAUCAGCAUGGAAACAGGUUCACCCACGAAGAACUGAAGGGGCGAUAUUCUCUGGUGUACUUUGGCUUCACGCACUGCCCCGACAUCUGCCCCGAAGAGCUCGACAAGAUGGCCGAGAUGCUCGAUAUCGUUUACGAAAAGCGCCCCAACUCUCUGACGCCCGUCUUUGUCACAUGCGAUCCCGCCCGCGACGGGCCCAAGGAACUCAAGGAGUACCUUGCCGAGUUCCACCCCAAGUUGGUUGGGUUGACGGGCACCUACGACCAGGUCAAGGCUAUGUGCAAGGCGUACCGGGUAUAUUUUAGCACGCCAUCCAACGUGAAGCCAGGCCAGGAUUACUUGGUUGAUCACAGCGUAUACUUCUACCUCAUGGACCCCGACGGCGACUUUGUCGAAGCUCUGGGCAGGCAGCAUUCUCCUACCGCGGGAGCCGAGAUAAUUCUCAACCACAUGAAGGACUGGAGGGGACAAAAGAAAUUUUGA